CUCCACCACACCAGUCGCCUCAAGCUGACCACAGAAGCGAGUCGUGACGUUGCCGAGGAUCUCCUCAAGCAGGUUGUCCAUGGAGACAGCUGGUUCCAUGUUGAAGCUCUCAAGGAGAUCCGAGACUACGCCGGCCGCUUCGAAGUCCGUGUGCAGUGGCAGGGUCUGGAUGAGACCGAGGCAUCCUGGGAGCCUGCAACAACCUUGUACGGAGACGUUCCCGUGCUUAUUCGACGGUGGGCGUAA